UGUACAGAUAAAAACUAUCCUUAAGUAAGAUAAGAAAUGUAAAAAUGUUAAAAUAAGUUUACAGUUUUUUUUAUUUUUUAUUUUUUUUUUAGCGGGAACAUCAUAAAUAUUACAGCAUAUGGGGAUGCUGUGAUUUAGUUGUAUUUUGCACUCAAACAAAUACUACACAGCUACAACUUAACGUCUAAAGGUCGUCAACUGAGCCCGUUUACAGCACUGAUCCCCCAGUAUGUCUCACAGAUUUGAACAUAAUUACCCUAAAGGAGAGAAUCUUUAUACAGUUUUAUCUCCUUGCAAUAUCUCUCUCUAUAUAAUUAUAUACAUAUGCUAUGUAACUUUACGAGAUACAUAUACUACAUACAUAUUUGCAAUAUAAAAGCUUAUUGUAAAUGAAUAUUUAAGCCCAAAUUUUGAGCUGCUCAUUUGCAUUAUUAAGUAUUUAUUUUACUGUUAGUCUGAUGGAAGCUUCGUAAUCAGCAGCGCUCUAUACUUCACUGAUAUUUGAACAGUCUGUAGCUCUUCGUCACACAAUAUAGCUCAAGUUCAAGUUCAAUUACAUACGGUACCCUACUUGAGAUCUUUCCUCACUGUAAAUGGUUGCCUUGUAAACUGGGUCAGGUUCAAUAAAACUGGUCUAUUCUGACUGAAAAUCAGACUCACGGCAUAGGUUCUUUUUUCAUUAAUUAUUUCUCGCAUCAACUAUUCCAGAAUAUCAGUUAAAGCCACUGUAUGUUAAUGAAGCUUGCAUUGAAUAUAGUACGUCCAAGAGCUGUUACUUUGAUGUGUGUCAAUGGGUUCGGCCGUGCCAUGGACCGGCGAUGUUCUCGCUAGUGAAGUUGUUGUUGUCUUUGUUCCUGUUCUUGAUCAGCGUUAUAAAAAGACUCGGUGCAGAGCUUCUUCAAUGUCCGAAUCUCUCUUACUUACUCACAAAAUCCUCUCAGUCCUCUGUGGGACGUAAGGCAACAAUGAUCCCUCCUGACAUAUCCCUAUUUUGUGCGAAAUGCAGUGACUCACCAAAAGUGAGUUUUACUCAACUGAGCUCAGCCAUGACAGUUCGGCGCCAGGUUUAUUUUUGGUCGACCUGGUUUCCUGAAUCUUCCUACGUAAAUAUAAUAAUCCCGUUUCAAAUAGGCUCUACAAGAUGUUUCUCUACGUACGUACCGCAGAUUCUCAGACUAUACCGAUGUGGUGUUAAUUUUUUGUUGUUGCUUUGUUUCGUUUUAUGUUUUGGUAAUUUUUUUUUUUUUUUAGUUCCUCUUAUCAUAUCCCGUUCAAUUUUCCAAAAUCUUCCCACAGGACUUAGCUGUUAAUAACAGACUGCCUGUUUAAUGACUUUUAGAAAAGCGGUCUACCUAAAGUACUCGUCUUCUGGGUGCAAUAAUAAAUAGGCGAAGAAUACAUAGUGGACGCAGAAGGUUAUUUUUUACCACUUUACAUUAUUAUUAUUAUUAUUAUUAUUAUUAUUAUUAAGAAGAAGAAGCAGAUGGCCUAAAGUAUUUACAUUUAAUUAAAACUUAAGUAAACAGAUCACAGUUUUCCUUUUUCUAUAUGAUUGUUAAACGCAGUGAAAACGUGAUAGACUCAAGCAGGUACAAAUGCUGACACGAUUUUGAAAUAGCAGCAAAAAAGUUAAAUCUUUCCACUUUUAGAACUGUCGGCGGCUGAUAGACACUGCCUUGCUCAACUGAGCGGCGAUUGAGAGAAACUGGAAGUUAACUUGCUAUGUUUGUUUUGCGAGGUAAUCGACUUAAUUUUAAAUGUAAAUCGACCAUGCCUCAGAAAAAUGUGCACGAUCCGGUUAGAGCGGUCCCAAAACGGCGUAUUUUGAUUUCUAGGGGAAACUAAAUGUCUGUUGUGGAGAAUACCUCUUCCUUUUUUCUUUCCUUGACAAUCAUCGACUUCAUCCUAGCGACCCUCACCAUUUGCGGAAAUCUCCUUCUUCUUAUCACCAUAUUGUUCGAUCCACUUCGAUGUCUUCGCACACCCACUACGUAUUUGAUCGCCAACUUGGCUUUCAGCGACCUCUUAGUUGGACUUUUAAUCGGUUACGGCCGCGCUGUGGUUGAAUACCUUCAGUAUGUCGACGAACCCGAACCAAAGUGGAUAGCCACUGUCAUCAAUAUAGGAGGGGGAGCAACUCUUGUUUGUGGGAUAUGGACAGUAAUAGCACUGGUAUUAGACCGCUACCUAGCAGUCACCGAUCCUUUACGCUACAGCGAGAGAGUAACAGCACGUCGAGUGGUUUUGUACAUCUUACACAGUUGGCCGCUGGCGAUGACAUUACCAGUGUCCUAUUCGUUUGCAGGGAAAUCUUGGCCAAUCGUUUUAUUAGCGUUCUCCCAUACACAUUUUACAAUUCCCGUUCUUUUGUUGCUGGUUGUUUAUUUUCGCAUUUUUCGUUCGCUGUCCAGACGAAGAUCGGAGCUCGUGAGACUAACCGCGUCCAUUUCAACGAUGACGCUCCGUCACACUCUUGAGACAGAAAGGAAAAUGGCAAGCACAUGCCUGAUGAUCUUGAUCUUGUUUUGUGCAUCAUUUUUGCCAUGUUAUAUAAAGAUCCAGAUUUUAAAUUUCUGUAGAUGUCUAGAUUCUAAGCCAUACAGAAAGUUUUCCUUUGUUGCUCAUAUUUUUCUGUACUUGUCUUCGCUCAUGGAUCCUUUUAUGUACGCCUGGAGGGUGCCAAAGUUUCGGCGUUCGUUGCGAAAGUGCCUCAAAUUCAAGAAAAGAAAUACUGUACGUCCGACAGCAUUAAACAGGGACAGACAGAGCCAAAACAAUGCAUAUAUGACUAUCAUAAACCUUGACAGUAUCUUCUAGAGUGUUUCCCACUAACCAGGUUUGCGACAAGUCGAAAACUCUCAUUAGAUUGCACAAUCUCUUUUCAGGUAAGGAAAUGAAAUUGGCAGCCUUUCGACAGUACUAGUGACACAUUUACUGACUGAGAGAAUAUGUGUGCACAAUAUGCACGUAUAUUCCCCAGAAACGAGUGGGAUUUUAUGUAAAUAACUACGUCAAAUAAAUGUUCCUAAGAAAAAUGAACGCUAAUUUUUGACGCCAAAAUAUGACAUCUAAUUAUUGUUCUAGUUAAUCAGAAUGGUUGGCCUGGGGUAGUUGUAAAAGCAGUGCAAAACGUACGUAAGAAAGGAUAAAUCUCUUAUAGUAACAUGAUCCGUGUUUAAUGCGGAAAAAAUGGUCUGAAUUCUAUAAAAUGAAUAAAUAAAUACAUUUUAAAGAAAUAAUGAAAUGAAUAAAUUUUUUU